ACGACCUUUUGGUGGCAGCAUUGUUCCGGCAAUGUGUGUGAAGUAGCGGAGACCCAGGAGCAGAGCGGAGCAGUGUGGCAGGUACAAGAAAGAUGGCAGCCGCGGCAGUGGCUGAGUAUCAGAGAGCACAAUCGCUUCUUGUAACAGAUCGGAACGCCUCAAUAGAUAUUUUACAUUCAAUAGUGAAGCGGGACUUUCAGGGUAGUGAUGAGGAAGCUGUGCGCGUUAAAGAGCAGAGCAUCCUGGAGCUGGGCGGACUGCUGGCCCAGACGGGACAGGCUGAAGAGCUUGGGGGUCUGUUAACUUAUGUGCGACCAUUCCUCAACUCCAUCUCUAAAGCCAAAGCAGCCCGACUGGUUCGCUCGUUGCUGGACCUUUUUCUGGACAUGGAGGCCGCCACUGGUCAGGAAGUAGGACUCUGCCUUGAAUGCAUCGAAUGGGCCAAGGCUGAGAAAAGGACCUUCCUCAGACAGGCGCUAGAGGCUCGACUUAUCUCACUAUAUUUCGACACAAAGUGUUACCAGGAAGCCCUACAACUUGGCUCCCAGUUACUGCAGGAGCUGAAGAAGAUGGAUGAUAAAGCCCUACUGGUGGAGGUGCAGCUGCUAGAGAGUAAAACAUAUCAUGCCCUCAGUAACCUACCCAAGGCUCGCGCUGCCCUCACGUCAGCCAGGACAACUGCCAAUGCCAUCUACUGCCCACCAAAAUUACAAGCAGCAUUAGACAUGCAAUCAGGGAUUAUUCAUGCAGCAGAGGAGAAAGACUGGAAGACGGCGUACUCCUAUUUCUACGAGGCCUUUGAGGGCUACAACUCCAUUGACAGUCCUCGAGCCAUCACAGGAGUAAAAUAUAUGCUGCUCUGCAAAAUAAUGCUCAAUGCACCGGAAGAUGUCCAGGCCCUCAUCGGUGGCAAACUCAUUCUGCGGUACACUGGAAGACAGACGGAUUCUUUGAAAUGUGUUGCACAGGCUAGCAAGAAUCGAUCACUUUCUGACUUUGAAAAGGCACUGAGUGACUAUAAAGCAGAACUGAGGGACGAUCCCAUCAUCAGAACCCAUCUUACCAAAUUGUAUGACAACCUGCUUGAGCAGAACCUCAUCAGGGUCAUUGAGCCUUUUUCCAGGGUCCAAAUGGCACACAUUUCUUCCAUCAUUAAACUGUCUAAGGGUGAUGUUGAAAGAAAAUUAUCACAGAUGAUUCUGGACAAAAAGUUUCACGGUAUUUUAGACCAGGGUGAAGGUGUGCUCUUCGUCUUUGAUGAACCUGUGGCUGACAAAACUUAUGAGGCAGCCCUGGAGAUCAUCCAGAACAUGAGCAAGGUGGUGGACUCACUUUACAACAAAGCCAAGAAGCUAACAUAAGAGUGACCAAAGCCAGUAGUCCUCCAGUCCGGAUCGUCGUGGGCCAGUCAGACCUCCUCCAAUCCCUCUCACUUCAACCCUUGGAGGUAUUAGGGAAGGAGGACAGGAAUUUUUCUGAAAUACUUGGUGAACCUGUGGAAACACUCCAGCAAAGACGGAUGGGAUGGAUACAAUGCUCCUGAAAUACCUCCCACAGCUCUCAGCUUUUCCUUCUUCCCGUUACUCUCCUCAUCCCAAACUGGAAAGGGUUGAUCAGACAGAAAGUACUCCUCCCUCUGGAAAAAAUCUCUGCACUGUGCCCCACUUCUCCCAACAAUGGUUUCUACUGUAUGUACAAUACGAUGUUUUGUCUUUACCUUUUCUUUUCAUUUUUUUCUCUCUGCACUGACCAUCGGGGAAUCUUAUAACACAAAAUAGAAAAGUCACAACACACAUGUAAAAUCAACUCUAAAACAUUAUCUGUAAGAAUUCAGAUCAGACUGUGGAAUGAGAUUGUGUUGUACCUUUUUUUUUCCCCUCCAUUUGUCAUUUGGCUCUGAGACUUGAUAUUUUAGAUUAGACCAAAUGCAAAUUUUGCUUGUAUCCACAUUAGUACGUGCAAAAGUGUCAGGCCUGGCCCCCUCCAAGCAGUCUCAGUCACUUAAGGCAUUCUAGGGUUAUAAUACUGUGUUCCUUUAAGACGAUGCCACAGGCAGACCAUCAUGUUACUGUUGUGUCACUCACCCGCACUUAACCUCUAUGUAAAUAACAUUGCCAAGCUCUGCUCUUCAUCCAGUUCUCAAUGUAAUUAUAAGGUCUCAUUUUUAUACGACGCGAGAAACAUGUAGAUCUCACCAGUGAGAGCAUGGCCAGUCGCACAAAGUGCUUUCAAUGUUCUAGUGUCUGAGCAAAGGAGGAACUUUGCAUUCUGAGAUGUUGAGAGUAACUGUGUUUAAAAAAAAAAAGGGGGGGGUGAGGUUGCAGAAAAAAUCAUGUACAUUCCUUAAAAUGUAAGAGUGCUGGAACUUUGGGUUUACCAUAUACAUACAGUAUAUAUUAAAUGGUGGUGAUUUUUUUUUUUU